AUGAAUAUAUAUAAAUAUUUAAUUGUUCCUGCUGCAUUUGGACCUUUAGGAAUACCAGGGAUAGCUGCGGCUGAAGAUAUACCAGCAAAUACAAUCAUUGCUUGUAUUCCAAAUAAAAUAAUGAUAAGUCUAAAUUAAAUAAAAGAAUGUGAAUUAAAGGAUAUAAUAAAUGAAAAUCCAAGUUUAUUUGAUGAGGAGGAAAAUGCAGAAGCCGAAUUUAACAUAAUCGCAAUGUAUGUUAUACAUGAGAAAUUAAAGGGCGAAAAAUCAUUCUAUAAACCUUAUUUUGACACAAUAUAGAGAUCAUAUACAAUGUAUGAUUGGACAAUAGAGGAAGUAAAAUUAACUGAAUCUGAAGAAAUAAUAUAUUCAUUUAAUGAAUAUUGUCGUGAUUUUAAAGAAAAUUGUUCAGAAUUAUAAGAAUGUUUAAUAAAAUACCCUUAGUUUUUCUAAAAAGAAGAUUUAUAAGUUUCUUUAAUUAACUGGGCAUAUUAAUUAAUAAUGACGAGGAUUUUUGGAUAUUCUUUACCAUGUACUUGUUUGGUCCCUUUUGGGGAUUUAUUUAAUCAUUCAAAUAAUUCACGUACACAUUAUAUUGUAAAUUAUAAAUAUGAAAAGGAAGAAGAUAAAAAGAGUGAAAAUUAUAAAAUAAAAAAAAGGAAAUUAAAUAUGGAAAUUUUUAAAGAUUCAGAAAUUGUGUUAGAAAAAAAGAAUUAUUUUUUUAAAAGCAAAAAACUUAAUUUUGUCAAAAAACAUAAAAAUGUUAUUAAAAAUAAUGAAAUUUAUAAUUUAGAUGAAACUAAUUUCCUAGAAGAUGAAAUUUUGAAUAAACUUGUAUUAGAAAUUAACACAUUUGAAAUAUAAAAUAAUCCAUAAAGGGAUAUAUGGGACCUAUUUUUUGAAAGUACGUCAUAAACUGAAGAUAAUGAUACAGAUGAAGACGUUAAGGAAAAAAGAGAAUAGGAAUAUAAAAAACUAAAGGAAAAUGAAGUAGAAUAGGCGGAAUAAAUUUAUUAAAAAAAAAAUUUUUAUAAAGAAGAAUAUGAAAAAGAAAACAAAAACAUAUACAAAGAAAAUAACAAUAGAAAAUAAAAAAGUAAAGAAGAAGAUGAGUAAAAAAAAGAAAACUAAGAAAAUAAAAAACAAUAACAAAUUAAUAGUUAAAUAAAGCAAAUAAAUAAUGAAAAUAAUAAUAAGAUUAAUAAAUUAAAAGAAAAUGGAGAAGAAAAUAAAUAAAAAAAUUAGAAAAAUAAUGAAAAAAAUGAAGAUAGCGAAGAAUUAAGUGAUAUAAGUGAUGAAAGUAAAUGGGAUUGGUAUGAUAUUUAAGAUACUAAUACUUAUUUUGUAAUAGCUACAGAAAAACCAUUAAAAAAAGGAGAAUAAGUUUUUUUAUGUUAUGGUAGAAGAACUAAUAAAUUUUUAUUAUAAUGGUAUGGAUUUGCUUUUCAUAAUAAUCUAUUCGAUAGUUUUGGGUUUAGAGUAUUUAAGUUUAUAGAUAUUAAUAUAUUAUAAAUUAUAUAAUUAUAUAUAUAUGAAAUUAUUUUUUUGAAACCUAUUAAUGAAUAAAAUUGGCAAGAUGGAUAUGUUGAAAAUAAUAAUAACAAAAUAAAAGUAAAUUAAUUAACAAAAGAAUUUAGAUUAAAAAGAAAUAUAAUAUGUUUAGAAUUUGUAUUAUAUUUAAGAGUAUAUUUAAUAAGUCAUUUUCAUGAAUUAAAUUAAUCUGAAAUUUUAGUUACUAUACCUGUUUCUAUUAAAUAUGAAAUUUUUAUAUUUAAUUUUGCUUUAAAAAUACUAAAUAACCUAAGAAACAGAUUUUCAACUAGCCAAGAAUAAGAUCUAUAAAUAUUGAAAGAUCCAUAUAUAAAUUAUAAAUUAAGAUUUGCAGUCACUUUAAGAUACGAGCAUAAAAAUUUUAUUGAUGAACAUAUAGAAAUUUCAAAAUAAAUUUUAAACAUAUUGAAAGAACUUUAAGUUAACUAAAAAAACAUUAAAUAAGCUUAUCUUAAAAAUUAUGAAAAUUUCGAAAGCUUUGAUUAUAUUCUAUAAUAAAGAAAAAAAAUUAAAUAUUAUUUGAAAUAAUUACAUGAAUCCUAAUAAAGAUAAUAUUUAAAUGAUUGA